GUUUGCUUGAAUGCAAGUCUCAACUUCAGCGUCGUGGCACGAAAAAUGAUGGAACGGACCUUGCAAGGGAAAGUCGCCAUUGUCAGCGGCAGCUGCUCCGGAAUCGGUGCAGCCAUAGCGAAAGAGCUUGCGUCCCGAGGAGCAUCAGUGGUCAUCAACUAUCCGUUUGCACGUUUGAGGGAUCAGGCAGAGCAGACUCUGGGCGCAAUAACAACCGAUGCGAUUGCCGUUGAAGCAGACCUUUCCACAGUCCACGGACCUCGAGCGCUCGUCGAAGCUGCAGUCAAAAGAUUUGGCCAUGUCGAUAUCUUGAUCAACAACGCUGCUGUGGCCGUCAACAAACCUUUCGAAGAGCAAACCAUGGAUGAUUGGGAUUCUCUCGUCAACUUGAAUGGACGUGGGACUUUUCUUCUCACCCAAGCGGUCCUACCUCAUUUAGCCCAAGAGGGUGGCCGAAUCGUGAACAUUGUGUCGAUCUCGGCGCGAGAGGCACCAGCACUGCAAACAAUCUAUGCGGGCACGAAAGGAAUGUGCGAUAGCUUCACCAAAGUCUGGGCAAAAGAAUUGCCUCCAAAAUACGGGGUAACGGUUAACGCUGUGUCUCCUGGGCCAACUUUGACGGAAGGGUUUGCCCAAGCUGGAGAUGCCUUCAUGGAGAAGAUGCAGCCAGUCAUCAAUAGGACACCUGUUGCUGGUCGAAUGGGGGAACCUGAGGAGAUCGCAUUCGCCGUUGCGUUCCUAUGCGAACCUCGCGCCCGAUGGAUCAAUGGGGCUCAUUUGAUGGUAAAUGGUGGUUUGUUCAUUGACUGAGUUUGCUUUACCUGCAACAAUACCGGGGUUCAUGCCCCUCCGACCAAACCUCGAGCAUGAAAGUAGGUAAUAAUUCAAAAACAUGGUUCUUUACGCUUUAGAAGCCAAA